AUGAGCACGAUGUUGAGCGCCAUGCCGACCAUCCUCUGCUGCCUGUGCGCGACGCCCAUCGUUGCGAACGCUGCGAAUACGUGCGUGAGCUGUCUCAAGUCGCAAGUCGACGUGACCGAAGGCAUUCCUAAGGAAGUGAUUAUCCAUCAAUGCCGUGGCUGCAUGCGGUGGUCCCGUCCGGCUUGGGUAGCAGCCGAGCUCGAGUCCCGCGAGCUGCUGGCCAUGUGCCUCAAGAAGAUCAACAACUUGAACCGUGUGAAACUCAUUGACGCCAAUUGGAUCUGGACAGAGCCUCACUCGCGACGGCUGAAGCUCAAGCUCACGGUGCAGAAAGAGGUCUUGAGCAAGAUGAUCAUGCAGCAGUCGUUCGUUGUGACCUUUGUCGUGCGCAACCAGCAGUGCGACGCUUGCCAAGCCUCAUUCGCCAACCAGUCAUGGCGUGCCGUCGUGCAAGUGCGUCAGCGCGUGGACCACAAGCGGACGUUCUUUUUCCUGGAACAGCUUAUCCUGAAGCACCGUGCACACGAGAAGACUACGAGCAUCGAGUCGCACCCAGACGGUGUAGACUUUUUCUUCUCAGAGCGCAACCACGCGCUGCGUUUUGUGGACUUCUUGCAAGAGUCUGUGCCGAUGAAGCUGAAGACUGCGAAGAAGCUGAUUUCCGCUGACAACCAUAGCAACACGCACAACUACAAGUUUACAUAUGCAGUGGAGAUUGCGCCGGUGUGUAAGGACGACUUGGUGUUGCUACCGGUGAAGCUGGCUCAGAUGUUGGGCAACAUUUCGUGCCUCUGCCUUGUGCAAUCCGUUUCCUCUUCUAUCCACGUGAUUGACCCGAUCACCACCCAAGUGGCGGAGAUCGAUUCCGAAAAGUACUGGCGGUACCCGUUCCGCGGCCUGCGCUCAAUUAAAGCCAUGACCGACUUUACAGUGUUGGACUCGACUCCGAUGGCGAUUCCGUCAGGUGGUGGCCGUGCCAUUCGCGUGACUCGGAAGACCCGACUUGCUGAAUUGGAGGUUGUGCGUGAUUCGGAUUUUGGUGUGAAUGACACGCGUCUCAGCACUGUCAGCCACCUUGGCAUGAUACUACAUGUCGGAGAUUCUGCACGUGGCUACGACCUUACGACUGCUGUAUUCAACGAUUCUGACCUGACUCCGCUUGUUCAGAUGGGAAUGUCGAUGCCAGACGUCGUGCUUGUCAAGAAGGUGUUCCCGCGUCGGAUCCAGAAACGCGCGCGCAACUGGAAGCUGAAAAAGAUGGAGGGUGUCGAGCAGGUUGGUCCGGUUCGCAAGGCUGACCUUUCGAAGGACGAGCAGGACUAUGAGCAGUUCUUGGACGAGCUGGAAGAGGACAAGGACAUGCGCUCUCAGAUCAAUCUGUACAAGGAUGAGGCCAAGCCGAUUUCGACGAACGACGCGAUGGAGGAGGACGAUAUGGGGGCCCCGAACGUGGAACUGCAUGAGCUGCUGGACGAUCUGGUCAUGAAGGAAGAUGACCCGACUCCGCAACUUUUGUCAGAGACUGAAGCGAACCAGGCCAGAGCCUGGGAGCUUGAGGAGCUGUAA